UUUUUAUGUAUAUUCCAGUAUGUGAAAGACCAAAAAUUGCACAAGUAUGCAAAAACUGGAAUAGAGUUGUUCAUUCUUAUUGUUUUAAAGUAAAGAAACUUGAACUAUCUCAUUGGGAAUACGAUUGUCCUCAAAACUUUUUAGAGCAAUUCAAAACAAAUGAGAAUAAAUCAAGUUUCUUAAGAUCACUUCUUGAUAAAUGUUGCAGUUAUUUAACAGAAUUAGACUUGGUAGCUUAUGAUAGUUCUAACAUAGUGCCUAUUGUUAAUGAAUCUUGUCCAAACCUAGUGAAACUUCGACUAAGAUUGAGACAUCCUUUUGAUAAUAAAGAUUUUAAAAAUGCAUUUUCACGUAUGUCUAAACUGAAAAUAUUAAAAAUUAUAUUUCAACGUACUCCUAAAAUACCUAAGACUUUAAUUUUGUCAUUGAAAAAUGUUGCCAAUACUUUAAAUGAACUCACUCUGUUUAAUAAAAGCGAGGGCACAAUGACAUGGAGUCAAUUCCCAAACUCAUUUUUGGCUAUAAUUCCCAAACUAAAAGCCUUGAAAAAAAUUGAAAUUGGUGGUAUAGGGAUUUCCUGCCGCAUAGCUAACGCUAUUGUUGAUGCUAAAUUAAAUUUUCAUCAUCAUGAGUAUAUUUGUAAAGAUUAUUUAGACAUUAAGCUUGUGGAUAUCACACACCUUUUUUUAAGCGACAUCGACAAACUUACAGAUGAUGUUUUGUAUAUUAUUGCCAAUAGCAUGAAAUUCGUAAAUCAUUUAAGUGGAAAUAGUUCAUUGGUAACUGAUAUUGGUAUACAAGCAAUUACAAAGAUGAAACAUUUAAAACAUCUUUAUUUACCUGGCAAAAGUAACAUUACUGAUUCUUCAUUGAAAUUGAUCAAAGGGCUGCAAAGAUUGGUACUACCAGGAAGUUAUAAAAUAACUAACAAUACCAUCGAAGAAAUUCUUGAAAAUUCACCAUCUAUUUACGUGAUGCGGUUUGAACAUACAAGUAUAACUCCUGAAUUUAUAGAAGCAGCAAAGAAAGUAUCAAACGAACGUAAAAUAUUAUUAAAAUUAUUAGUCCAAUUUCCUAAUCAUUGUGUGAGUCAAAUUAAAACGGAAUAUUUGCAUGUUUGGUGUCUCUGCUGUGUGAAAUAUCCGAUCAGGUUAUAG